AUGGCCGACCGAACUUCCGCCGAAGGCCUGCCUGGUCCAGCAUUCGAUCCGGAGGCGUUCCCUGGUCCAACCUCGUCCAGUCCCCGCAUGAUCAGGCAUGAUACUACAUCUACAGUCAACAGUGGAAACAUUCCUCCAAUUAGCCCCGGGUUCUACAAGUUGCCUAUCCAUGGAAAUUGCCCCAGGUGCCACCAUCGCCAUAAAGCCGCUACCAUCAAGGUUUCCAGGGAUUUGAGCCAGGUUAGCCACGUCUACUGUGAACGAUGUGGUGAAAAGUGGCUAGCCUUCGGUGGAGGUAAUUCAACCAGAAUCUCUUUGCUCUCAACUCAGACCAUGGACCCGGACCCCAAUGACGUUGAUUUCCGUUCCACGCUUAUUGAAAUGGUGCGAUCUCUCACCGCCGUAGGAUCAACAGCUGCGCUUGCAAGCGUGCCAGAGUCUCCUUCUCGUAUCCCGUCUCGGGAGCAAUCCGUCAAGUCUACCAAUGCGCCAUUGGGCCAAGAGCAGCUGCCGUCAAGCGCUGGUGCUCCAAUGACUGCAUUCCCUGAACGUACUGAUGCAUCCCAGGUCACUUCAAAGGUCUUCGAUGCAGCGCCACCCUCAUUUCCCCCUCCAACUGGAGCAAACAUUCGAGGCGGUGCUGCAACGAAAAGCCCGCGAAGGAAGGCCCUUGUCGCCCAGUUGAAGGCAAUCAAAGAACGUAUUCCAUUCAUCAAAAGGCUUCAUUUGAACCAGCUCAUGCCAUCCAAGAAGAAAGCAAAGGUCCCAGACAAGGACAAAGGGAAGCAGCCAGUUGACCAAGCAUUGACCAUGCAUGAAAAUCCAGGUACCCUUAUUUCCCCAGCUCCCAACGCCACCCCGCCGAAAGCGCCUUCCAAUUCCAUGGGCAUAGAAAUAUUAAAGACAGCUAGCGAUAGGCAUGAUCCUCAGAAGGAAUCUGUUGACACGCCACAUCCUGGUAGCCUUCCUCACGACAACUUCAAAGAAACUCUCAAGGACAUGACCCACGAUCAGCGAAUCGCCUGGGUCCGGGAGAUGGUCACGGAUUCCAAAUGCCGCUGCGGCUACUAUUGUUACUGCAGGCGUGCUCCGAUAUCGGCUACCUUUCCUGCCAGCAGCAGUGGCAGCGGCGGCACUCAGGUAGACGCGUCUACUCUUACAUCCCAAGCCACGCGCCAAUACCUGGCUCAGAGACGCCGCUCUAACGAGGUCUUCGCUGUCGGUGGUGCUUUUGACGAUUCCCAUACACGAUCCAGCAGCCCCCGCCGUCCUACCAGUAUUGCUAGCCUCAGAACCUCACAAGCCCCAACGAUCUAUGGUUCAGAAGGUAUGACUGCCACAGCUGGUGGACCUCACUUGUCGUUUCUGGGGGUCGCACCUCCCCCAAGACCAAGAUCAAGAUCCCCACGGCCGCCGUCACUCCCAGCCGGACCUUCUCGGCUUCAUGAACAAAUCAGUCAAGACGAGAUUUCAACCAGGCCAACGGAAUCGUCUACAUCGGGUAGAGCAGUGGUGAGUUUACCUGGUGCACGACCUGUAGAUGGGCAUGGCCCAUCACCUUGGUCGCCAGACCUCGUAGUCGAGAACAACCCCCCGGCACAACCUGAACAGCGCACACCGCAAUCUCAAGAGCAAUCAGAUGCCGUCUCGAUAUCUGCAGGAGAUCGCCAAUCUAUCGAAUCGGUGCCUCAUCUCAACGGGUAUCGCACAUCCGAUGAGCACCUUCUCAGUAGCAAUGGUGCUCACUUGCUGCGAUCUCCUCAUCCUCGACUCAACAUGAACUCCUAUCUCAGCACUACCAAGCAUGCCAUCGUAUUCAUGGUCCAACGACAUAUUUUCAAUUCACUUCCACACUUGAUCGUUUCCCUUGCCAUUGCCUCGUAUGCUACCAACAGUUCUUUGCUAUCUUGCACUCACUAUCAAUGUUCCGACUAUUUUACCCAGCAUCACUUCACUACCGAGCUACAUCAUGAACCUCCUCGCUCGCUUUCAACGGCAGGGACUUCGUGUUUCCCGCUUCAGCACAACCCCACUGCAGCAUGUAUUUAUCUUUCCUGUCUUUAUUGCGUUGCGGCAUCUCUCUCUCCAGCAUUUCUGUAUAUCCACUCCUUCACGAUAUAUGGGUAUGGACUAUGCGAGAUUAUGUGUUAUGGCGAGCUACAGUCAUUCUCACUGUCUAAGGUGUUCUUCGGACUUUGUGGUGGCGCGUUGAUUGGUGGCGCAAUGGAUCAGCGGACUGAAGGGGGAUAUUGGAUUGGCGCGCUAUACCCUCCUUCCCGGAUUCAUCGAAAUCGAACACGUACUGUCGUUUUCUUACUAAGACUUUGGAAAAAAAUUGACUACAACCGCUGGAGUUAUUUUCUCCUAUUUAAAGCCAAAAAUAUUCGGCAUAAUAAGAGCAGGUCCGUCAGUCCGCCAGAGGAGAGUUAUUCAGAGGGUUUUAUUACGAUCAAAAGAGUAAAGGACAUACCCGCCGACACAGCCGCUCAUUGUGCACCAAUGCCUAAGUUAGACGAUAGCAUCGUAUUGAUCAGAACCCGAGUGCUGCAACGCUCUACAUGUUCGCAGAUCGAAGGCAAUAUCAUAUAUGAGUAUAAAACAGCUGAGAAGGUGAAAGAGCUCAAACUUCGGACGGCCAAACGCAUUAGGUGUUACUAUCUAGAUUGGCGAUUACCACUAGACAAUGGUAUUUCUUUCGCUUCUUUCAACUAUUUCCCUCUCGUUGACUCUUGCGAUGAGCAACUGUGGAUCCGGUAUUAUAUUCUUGGGCACUCGUUUAUGGAAAUUGGGUCUUUUCCCCGGAGUGAAUUAAGAGAUAGGGCAUAG